AUGGCAUUCAAAUUUGUCGCACUUUUCGCCCUCCUGGCCGUCGCCAGUGCCGGCGUGAUCCCGAUCGAGGAAGUCCACUCGGCCUACCAGCCGGCUACCUACUCGGCCCAUCUGGCCCACCAGCCCACCCUGAUCAAGACCGUCGCCCAGCCGACCAUCGUCAAGACCAUCGCUCAGCCCACGAUCGUCAAGACCAUUGCCCAGCCGACGCUCGUCAAGCACCUGGAUGAGGAUCACGAUGCCCACUACGACUUCUCCUAUGGCGUGCACGAUGACCACACCGGUGACAUCAAGGAGCAGCGCGAGUCCCGCCAGGGUGACCAGGUGCACGGCCAGUACAGCCUGAUCGACUCCGAUGGCCACAAGCGCACCGUCGAGUACACCGCCGACGACCACAACGGUUUCAACGCCGUCGUGCACCGCGAGCCGACCGACAUCAAGAUCCCGCAGCCCCAGGCCAUCCACAAGAUCAUCGCCCAGCCCGCCAUUACCAAAGUCAUCGCCCAGCCGGCCAAGAUCAUCGCUGCCCAGCCGACCUACUACCACCAGCCGGCCCCGGCCGUGAUCAAGACCGUCGGACUCUCCCACUACUAA